UGAGUUUCUACUUUCCGCCGCACAAACAAGGGAGAGAAAUAAAAAAAACAGAAUAUAUGAGUCGAAAACCAGAGCUCCGGGCAGGCAGGUUCCAUGAGUUCUGACCCGGCUACGGAUUUAUGGUUGGGGUCUAUGAGUUUUGGUGUCGUCGCCGGCGGCGGGCUCAGAUCCCGCAGUGGUGAGACUUGGGCGUUUACCAGGAAUAGGGAAGAUCCCUGCACCAGCAUCCUCGACCCCACGCUUUUCUUCAUCAGCAGCAGCUAUGAGUUUUCUCCACUGACAAUAGUGAAAGUGGGCAAGUUGGAUCCUUCUGAGGCCAAUACAAAGUUAUGUUCCAUUUUCAAUGGUGAACCCAAAAGAAGACCCACCAAAAGCUUUGCUGUGAAGCUUCGUAUCUAUGAACCUAAGGUGUGGCUUUAUAUUUGUGCCUAUGUUUAGUUAGGUGAUGUAUACUGGUGAUUAGUAGCAGCAUCACUUUGAAUGUUCAUCUUUUUCCCGCCAUGGUGCUAGAGGAACUAUUGGUCAGGAGAAUUAGGGUUGUUUUUGUUGAGAUCCUGGUGUGUGCGGACAAGUGCUAUCUGCUAUGUCAUGUAUGUAUAUCUAGAAUGUAUGUAUACUGUAGGUUCUUUAAAAAAAAAUGUAUACUGUUGGUAGCUAAUUAUAUUAUAAUUAUGUAACAAAUCUUAUUAUUUUGUGUAGAAUUUGGCAGGCG